UAUAUUUUUCAACCUUCUCGGUUCUUCCGUGCGAUAACACCUUUGAGGAAUUUACGAAAAUACCCCCUGCGCCUUCACAUCCUUUCUAUUUCUAUAAAUCCUUACUCCUCUCUUUCUCAAAAGCUUCAAAACGAGAGUUACGGGAUUUUACUCAAAGGCUUCACCACUUCAGUUAACGGCUGCAAUGAAUGCUUUAUCGGCGUUUUUCUUUCCGAUGCCGCCAUCACUGUUAGUUAACGUGAUGACGGUGGUGAGUUCGGCGGUGGUAGCGGUCAUAGGGCUUUCGGAAGCGAGAGGAACGCAUUUGCAGUAUUCGAAGUUCUGGAAUACGAGUAAUAGUGCUACCAAAUCAUCUAACUCAGAGCAACUCAGGAUUUCGUCAAGAUUAGGGAUGCUCCUGCUUUAUACUCCUGCAGCUCUCGCUGGCGCUGCGUCGUUCUGGUUCUUUCCGAACGACGAUUGGAGAGUUCUUCUGCUUAAGUCAGCUCUCACUCUCCAUUUCUUCAAGCGCGACUUUGAGGUACUGUUUGUCCACAAAUACAGCGGCAAAAUGGUACUCGAUUCAGCAUCCAUAAUCUCCCUCAGCUACUUCUCUUCUACAGCCCUUAUGAUAUACGCUCAACAGCUGUCAAAAGCACUUCCAGAGCCAACCAUCGAUCUGAAGAACGUUGGAAUUGCUCUGUUUCUAAUAGGCAUUAUUGGUAACAUGUACCACCACAUUCUUUUGUCUCAAACUAGAAAGAAAGGAGAAACAGGCUACAAAAUUCCGAAAGGUGGCCUCUUCGGCAUCGUCAUUUGCCCUCACUACCUGUUCGAAAUAACCGUGUAUUUCGGCUUCGCUCUCAUCUCUCAGACAUUUUACUCGUUCUUCUUCGCCAUUGCCACUGCUAUCUAUCUGGGUGGAAGAAGCUACGCCACAUGGAAAUGGUACGUCUCUAAAUUUGAAGACUUCCCUCAACAUAUCAAAGCCCUUAUUCCCUUUGUAUUUUAGGCUCAUGAGUCAAUUAUGUAAAAUUAUUAUCCAGUCAACUUUACUCUAAUUGAAUCCUUGUAUGUCUGUUUAGCUUUUUCUGGAUGAUGUUGAAAUAUGUGUAGUACAGUCAGCUCUACAAAAAAUAUAAUAACAUGCUGGGAGUUGUGAUCAUUGAAGAAUUUAGUUUUAGAUAUUUGAAUUGAUUGUUGUGUUGUUCUAGGGGGCUUUUAGGUAAUUUCAAAACUUCUCUCUGGUCUUAAUCAAAUAAUUUUUCUUGGAAGAU